GAUCAUUUGCGCUUUGCUUGUAUGUCAUAGAUUGGUGUUUUUUGUAUGAUUAAUUUGUAUGAGAAAAUUGAUGUUAAACUUUUAUUUUGAAAGAAACUUGUUAUUGUAAAUUUUUACCACAAAAACCCACGGCUACCCAUGAACCAGCGGAUACCCAGCAGGUUGGGUUGGGUUUGAAUUUUUCAUACCCAACGGGUUUUACCCUGGGUGUAUUACCCCGGGUUUUUUUGGCGGAUAAACCCAUGGGUUUGGGUUUGAUAAAACCCGACCCAACCCGACCCAUUACCAUCCCUAAUUAAGGUGUUAUUUGGUGACAGAGGGUUAGGAUUUUUCAAUUUGCCAUCUCUCUCAUGUCUCUUAUACUCCACCUUGCUCCAUCACUCCGGUUAGAUGUUUCAAAGGCGGAAAUCAAUCAAUAUGGGUUUCUUAUCGGUUUUCUUGGUUCUCUCAACGGUUUGUCAGAUUGCAUUCUUUCAUCAAGGUUUGAUUUUCCAUGUUUCUACGGGAGUGACUUGCUACCCGACAAUUUCUAGGUCGUCGGAAUCCUCCUUUCGUUGGCAUCUUGUUUUCCCGGCGAGAAAAAUAAAGGAAAGAGAAUUGGAUUUUGCACCUUUGACUUCCAAACAAACGAUCAACCACAUAGUUCACACCUCUUUGAACAAAGUUCAAACAAGGGUGUUCAAUGUUUUGAUGAACUACGAGGCAAAUCUACAUUAAAUUAGCCCUACUCCUAUGGAGGUUCAGUGAGAGCUCCAAAAACUACGACUAUGGCUAAAUCUGCAGAGGAAAAGAUAAAAAGAUAAAACUUGACAAGUGGUGUCGAGUUGUGAUUUUUGCGAACCCUUUCUCUAUCAUCUUCACCUCCUAUUUAUAGCCACCAGAAGUAACUGCCCCAAGAAACUGCUCUGCUGACGUGGAGUUACGGUUACCUUCUCAACUGCUAUGACGGUUACCCUGAUGUUGGAUGUUCUUCAGUCUUGACCCCCUCCUUCGUAGUUUUGCAUAUCCAUAGAGUAAAAAUGGCUAAGGCAUAAAGGAAUACCAUUUACCACAUAUGGGUGGGUAUUUGAAUAACAUGAGUUACCAUGGGAAAAAGUAUUUCACCAUUAGUAGAGUAAAGAGACUACGUGCUCACACCCCCUGAUCAUACCAUGGGGGUGGUACGUUGGUAGUCCCCAGACCACCUCAUGGGGGUCCUCCUUGCCACCCUCAUCAUCUUCCAUACUUAGCCACAUUUUACAUCUUCUCAUACCAUGGGGGUGGUAAGUUGGUAGUCCCCAGAUCACCUCAUGGGGGUCCUCCUUGCCACCUCAUCAUCUUCCAUACUUAGCCACAUUUUACAUCUUCUCGCCCCAUGGGGGUGGUAUGUUGGUAGUCCCCAGACCACCUCAUGGGGGUCCUCCUUGCCACCCUCAUCAUCUUCCAUACUUAGCCACAUUUUACAUCUUCUCGUCCCCUCGGUACGUCCUGGGGGUGGUGGUACCCCCUCACCAUGUCAUGGGGAUGGCGGUAUGAUACCCCCUCACCAUGUCAUGGGGGUAUGAUGUCCACCCCCCUUACCACGUCCUGGGGGGUGGUGCUAUGAUGUCCACCCACCUAGGCACGUCAUGGCCCCUUGGUACCUCCUGAGGGUGGUGGUAUGAUGCCCACUCCCCUUGCCUUAGUCAAAUUCGGCCAUCACCCCCCUCACCAUGUCAUGGGGUAUGAUGUCCACACCCCUAGGAACGUCCCCCCCGGGGGGGGGGGGGGGGGGGGGGGGGGUGAUGGUGGCCACCCCCCUUGCCACGUCCUGGGGGUGGCUCCCAUACUUAGCUAAAUUUGGAGAUGCAUGGCGCGCGUGGUGGCAUGGGGUAAUGGGCCCAAAAACCCAAUCGUCAUGGCCCACUCAACUGAUUUAAACUUAUAUGAUUAAAUUGGCCUUAUAAAGCCAUUUAAUUUCUUAUUUUUAACCGAUGUGAUACAAGGUUAAUUUUUAUGGGUAAACAUAUCUCUUCGUAGUUUUGACGGUUGCUCUGUUGGUUUGGUUGUUUUCUUUUAUGUGUCAAAUACCCUCCAUCUGAGAAUUUUUUAGACUUGCUCGAUUUAUUAGGGCAGAAUUGCACAUUCGAUCCCUCAAUUUAACUUUUCUCACUAAGAAAUUUUUUGUAUACAAUGCUUAACAUUUUGAUAAAUUAAGUAAUGACCCAUGUUUUUAUUUUUUGGCCUUAUCUUUGCUUUAUGGUUUGAAGUGUGAGCUUUUUAUAUGGUGUUUAUAUCUCUUAAGGGGCCCGAAAUUUGUUUACCUUGUUGGGUGAUUGGAUAUGAAUUUCCAAUGAUGUAACAAAAGACUUUGACCAUGCUUAGAUAUUUUACCAUGCUUAGAUAUUUCCUAUGACAAAAAAUCUAAAAUAUUCGAAGUGCCAAAAGUGUACGAAAAGCGUAAGAUACCACCGCUCUUUUCCGUCCUUCCAAUACCAAAUCAGCAUUCGUCAAAAAAAAAAAAAAAUCCCAAAUCAGCAUAAGAUAUUUACCCACCUCGCUUCGCUUCCCGCCACUCGCACCACCUGCGCGUGUCGUCACCACUUGGUCCACCACGCGCCACCGUUUCUCCUCCCUUCGCCACCCUCUCUUCCCUCGCGUCGGCCCUCUUCUCUCUCUCCGCACUUUCCCCAUUACAAAAAUUGCCAGUCCCCGUAAACUUCCCCCCACAAUCUGCCUUGCCUUCCCCUUUCUCAUCCCAUCUCACCAACCGCAAUAAAUCACCGCUCCGCCGCCCAAAUUCCCAGCAUGGCCGACGGAAACAGAAACGACCGCCGCGACGGCGAGGAAGGAGACGGCGAGGUGUGGGCGAAUUUCAGCGGGACGUUUCGGAAGGUGCAGACGGUGCUGGACAGGAACAGGUCGCUGAUUCAGCAGGUGAACGACAACCACCAGUCCCGAAUCCCCGACAACAUGGCCAAGAACGUGCCGCUGAUCCAGGAGAUCAACCACAAUAUCUCCACCGUGUCCUCCCUCUACUCCGACCUCUCCUCCAAUUUCGCCUCCUCGUUCCGUCACCGGAACGGCAAGGACGCUGACGGCCGCCACGGCGGUACCAAGGCCUAAGAAGCUUUAAUAAACAGAUCUCUGUCUUUGCCUUUGUUUUAGUAAGUCAACCAAGUGGAAUGAAUAAUAGAAGAAGCUUCUUGACUUGUUAAAAAUUGGUCUUGUCUGAUUGCUUUUGUGGUGUGGUUUACUGUAUUUCUUGCUUAUGUUUCCUGAUGAGGGAAGGAGUAGACAAAUAGGACGUUAAUACGAGUUCUUAGCUAGUCAGUCGAGAAUUAGAUGAUUGUGAUGCUCGCGAUACACAGAACCAGCUAUGGCUAGGGAUGGCAACUUUGCCCAUACCCAUGGGUUUCUUACUAUCCAACCCAAUUGGGUUGGGUAUAAAAUCCAAAUAAAUGGAUAUGGGUAGA